ACGUCUCCGUCGCAGUUUAACAACAGAGACCGUCGUAUCGCCCGUGUUCCUCCCGAGCCCAUUGCAAACAAAAACCAUUAUAUUUACGUUUUAUCAUCGUCAGCCAGUCGUAUUUUUCUAAUCCGACGACGUAAUACGCUGCACUAUUGUAACAGUGCACUGUUGCAGUGACGCAUUCGCUGUGUACCCACCGACCUUUGUGACCGUCGUGAGACUUUUACAACUAUCGUUAUUGCCGUCGCCACCAAGUCGACAUCCCCACGUUGUCUGCUAUCGAUGAACGACUUCUGAUCCACAUAAUAUCGUGUAUAUUAUUAUAAACAUUAUAUCGUCGUCGAAAAAAACCCUGACGAUGACCGCUCCCGCGGGUGGUGCGCGCCUUUGUGGGUCGCUGGCCUUUCUCGGCCUCGUAGCACUGUUCUCCACCGGUGCUUUGGCCGAUGUUGAAACGAUCAUUGUCCACAGGCAUGUCCAAAUGCUCGGCUCGCAAGAAUGCACCUAUGGUCCGUCAUUUUGGUGCAAAAACAUUACUAACGCUGCUGGAUGUAAUGCCGUCAAACAUUGUAUUCAAACAACUUGGGUCACACAGACAUAUCCAGAAGAUAAUGAUGAUAUUUGUACUAUUUGUAAAAAUAUGGUGAAAGAAGCUCGUGACACACUCACCAGUAAUGUUACAUUGGAAGAAUUAAAAGAAGUCUUUGAUGGAUCUUGUAAAUUAUUGCCAUUAAAAAUAAUUAAAAAUGAGUGUAUGAAAUUAUCAGAUGAUUUUAUACCGGAACUUGUUGACACUUUGGCUUCACAAAUGGACCCUAAUGUUGUUUGCACUGUAUCUGGCCUGUGCAAUAAUGCGCGUAUUGAUAAGCUUCUAUUGGAAAAUAAAGAAAAAGAUCAACCUGCAGUUGAUAGUGAAUACCAUCAAUGUGAACAAUGUGCUAUUGCUAUGGACAAAGGAGAAUAUUUAGUACAGAGCAUGUCUAGGAAUGAAGUUUUAAAUAAAAUCUUAAUGAUGUGUGGAGAACUGAGCAGUUAUUCUGACGCAUGCAGUAGUAUAGUAUUAACAUAUCAAAAUGAAAUAUUUAAUGCUGUUAAGAAUGGCUUUAAUAAAAGUAAUGUAUGUAUGUUGAGUGGUAUGUGUUCAGAAGCAUUCCAUCCCCAUGCUGAUGGUUAUGAAAAAUCAAAAAAUGCUUUGAUGGGUGUUGAAAUUAGUAAUGCUGGUGAACGAGGUAUAAUUCAAAUCCAAAAAUCUAAUGAAGUUAGUGAUGAAUUAACAUGCGAAUUUUGUGAAACCUUGGUCAAACAUUUGAGAGAUAUUUUGGUUGCCAAUACAACUGAAGAACAAUUCUCAGACGUACUUAAAGGCCUUUGUAAACAAACUGGGAGUUUCUCAAAUGAGUGUUUGGCAAUAGUUGAUGAAAAUUAUACACGUAUUUAUCAGUUCCUUGUUAACGAAUUAAAUGGAAAAGUUCUUUGUACAAUAGUUGGCAUUUGCCCCAAAUCUCUUAACUCUCGUUAUAAUCUCAACGACAUUAUACCAAUGUACCCUCUUAUUCCAAUUGAACUUUUACAAAGCCAGGAAUCCAUCAAAACCGAACAAGAUAGUUCAUUUACUGCUAAAAAAGAGCAAAAUGAACAUAAACCUACACUUGUCGUGGUUGAUGAACAACCUCCGAAAGUUCAAAAUAUUAAUGUCAUUAAGAAAUCUCCAAUUAUUGAUAUAUUCUAUAAAGAAAUGCAUUUUGUUGUCAACGAUGUCAAUAUGCCCACUGAAAAAACUACAUGUUUCUUGUGCCAGUCAAUUUUAAAUUAUGUUCAACAAGUAGUAACUGAUCCAAAAUCUGAAGCGGAAAUUCGUUCAGCAUUGGAAAAAUCUUGCAUGGUUAUGCCAUCAUCAUUUGAACAACAAUGUAAACAGUUUGUUGAUCAAUAUGGUGAUGCCUUUAUUUCACUUGUAGCACAAGAAGUUGAUCCAUCAAUAAUCUGUCCAGAAUUGAAAUUAUGUCCAGUAACAGAUUUGUCUUUAACUUCAAACAAAGAUAGUGAAAGUUCAAAUAAUUGUCCCAUGUGUGUUAUUUUUAUGUCAGCUUUAGAAUCUGAAAUUUCUAAUAAAGAUACAGAAGAAGUGAUUAAAAAGAAAUUAGAGAAGUUGUGUACCAAAUUACCAUCCAAAUGGAAAGGGGAAUGUACAAAUUUUGUUUCAUCUCAGUUACAAAGUAUACUCGACAUGUUAGUUGCUCAAGUUAAACCUGAAGAAAUUUGUGUUUUAUUGGACAUUUGUAAACCAAAAACCAUUUCUGAAAGUGCUGAAGAUGAUUUAGAAACAAAUAUGAUUGCUACGGCUGGACAAGUUACUAUAGUGUUCCCUGGAUACAAUAUGGGACAAUUAUUGGCCAAUAAUUACAAAAUGUUGGAAGAGCCAAAAAUUCCAACUCCAUUUUGUCUAGUAUGCACUGUUGUAAUGAAAUAUUUGCAUGGUGUCAUCAAAGACAAAACAAAUCAAGACGAAAUAGAGCAGGUUUUAGAUUCAGUAUGUCGUAUAUUACCCAAUGUUGAAGAAAAUGAAUGUCAAUCUUUUAUUGAUUCAAAUUAUCGGCAAAUUAUCAAGUUCAUUCAAAUUGGAACAGACCCAAGUGUUGCGUGUAUGGCAUUAAUGGUGUGCGAAGAAGACAAAAUCAAAGGUAAAAUAAAUAUUGAUCUGCCAAAAAAGAAUGUACAUUUGACUACUACAGAGUCUGUUGAAUUGGAUAGUUCUAAUAGUUGUGCUGCUUGUGAAGCAUUUAUUACUGUAUUUGAAGAUCGUUUAACCAAUGAUUCAGUAAGCGUUGACGACUUAGAUUUGGUUGAGCUGUGCAAUGAAGUUGAAGUCAAUUAUAAGGACGAGUGUAUGGAGAUGAUAGAGUCGUACGCUCAAACUUUCAAAAAUCUCUGUAAUCACUUGCCUACAUGGAUGAUGUGCGAGAAAUCGGGGCUGUGCAGUAAAAAUAAGAGUUUUGCAGUCAACCAAUUUAGUAACUCCAGAUGUUUAGAAGGCUCAGAGUACUGGUGUGCAUCCUGGGAUAAUGCCAAAGAGUGCAAGGCUGAAAUGUUAUGCAAACGCUCUUCAUGGAAUGUUCAAAUCAUCGAAAAUUAGUGAUAUUAAUUAGAUUAAAAUGAACUAACUCAUGUUAUGUGAACGCAAAUUCAAUAUUGUAAUUAAUGAUGACUUAUAAAAAUGAUAAUCUAGACUUAAUUAUUAUUACCUAUAAAUAUUUCUUUUUAUGUUAAUAAAUGGUUUUUAAAUUUAUUAUGUGUUAAGGAUAAAAUCAUAAUAAAAAUUAAUAUAAUGUUUUGAAAUUUUCUCUUAUAGUUAUAAUAUAAUAUACAUUCUUACUCUUUUAUUUUGAAAAUUUUUUUGAUUAACUAAUACAUUAUAAAAAAUAUAUACAUAUAUAUUUUUAUACUUAUACAUUUAUAAUAACAUCGUUAUCAAAAAAACAACCACAGUUUAUUUAAAAUAAAAAUAAACUUAAAAGUAUUCAAAAAUAAUUAGGUUAUCAAAAUUAAAAAAGUAAGUGAAAUAAAUUUUCCAUUAAGCUGGUGUUUACUUUUGUAUUAGAUAAGAAUAAUUUAUAAAGACAAUUGUAAUCCAAUUGAAUAGUUUUAUUUCAAUUUGUCAGAAAAGUAUUAAAAUUUGGUAUGACAAACUAUGAAAUCAUAAGAAGUCGAAUUGUUAAAAUCUAUUAAAAAAAAAAAAAAAUGUUUUGUAUGUUCAUAUCAUUGUGGCGUACAGCUCUAGAUAUUGUUCAUGACUGAAUAUUAAUGGACUGAGAAAUUUUUUUUUUAUCUGUAAGCUUGUGUUAGGAUCAAUAUAUCAAGCCGGAAAGCAUAUUUGUUAUCAAUUCUUUAGUUUGUUUCAAUUGUAACAAUACAAUUUUGUUAGUCAACUGUAAUGAACCUAAUCAAUCAAAUGUUAACUAAUCUAUGUUGCCAUUAUCUAAAAUGUACGAUAUGUAGUACUUUACAAGUUAUAGAAAUAUGUAAUAUGUUAAAUGUGAUGAAAAGUAAACAUAACUAUAUCUAAUAAACUGUAUUGUUAAAUCAAA